GCACAUGGGGAACCUUCAACCAAAACCAUGCAUGCACAAAUUAUCGAUGGAGGUUUCUGAGCGAUAAUCUCUCCUUCUCGGUUAGCUCGGAGCUUGAACGUUGAUCGAUCGAGGAGCUUCCAUCGCUGAAUGAUUGACGAUGAUGAUCAAUUUCAGAGAAUUGAAUCAAUUCCGCGAUCUCCACUUGGUUUCGACCUUUCUCCCUAAUUCAACAUUUUCCUUUCACUUUCCUUUGUUUUCUUCCAUUUUCUUUUCCUCCAAAUUCUCCUCUCUUUUUGUUUUCCGUCUUCUUGUUCAUGUUUUAUUUUUCCUGAAAUUCGAAUCUGAUUGCUGAUACGCAUUGUUAAUUUGUCUCUGUUUAUAUAUACACACAUUGAUCGAAUUUGAAAUUUCAGAGGACGACGUUUCGCGUGUUGAAUGAUUUCAUUCAUGUUUGAGGAUGUUUGUGGUUUCUGAUUUCAUGUGUUUUGGCUAACCAAUCGAGUUUUUGAGAUCCUUGAGUCGAAGACAUCGGCUGUGUGUCUUCGGGGCGAUUUGAUCUAAUUAUGGAGGUUCGGAUUGAAUGAUCUGGUUCUUCAUGGGAUUGUUAGGGAUCGAUUCGUAUGUUGGAAUUAGAGAUUGGUAAAUUGAUGGGGAACAUAUGUGUAGGACCAGGCAACAAUGGAUUCUUGAAAUCUGUUACGGCCGCAGUAUGGCCAAGCCGGCCAACGGAUGAUGGCCUUCCUCCACCCAAGGAUGGAACUGACAGCAAAAGUAAGACAAACGGGAGUUCUGAUUCAUCUAAAAACGCCGAUGCUCCCAAGGAUUCAGAUCCCCAAAGUGAUGUUCAAAAUACGCCGCCUGAAACGGUAAAAAUUGGUAAUAAUGAGGUGAAAAUGCGUAGUAAUGAAUCACACAAAGCAGUGGAACGCGAGAUGUCGUCUAGAGUGAUUAAAAACGAAACCAGGGCACCGGAGGGUGCAAGAUCGAAGAAGACCACUCCUAUGAAGAGAGUAUCGAGCGCAGGGCUUCAAGCUGAUUCGGUAUUAGGGCGAAAAACAGAUAAUAUUAAGGAUCAUUACACAUUGGGGCGGAAGCUCGGACAAGGGCAGUUCGGGACAACGUUUCUUUGUGUGGAAAAGACAUCCGGGAAAGAAUUUGCCUGCAAAUCUAUAGCGAAAAGGAAAUUGACCACGAAAGAUGAUGUGGAGGACGUCCGAAGAGAGAUACAGAUAAUGCAUCAUUUAGCUGGUCAUCCUAAUGUGAUACAGAUUGUGGGGGCCUAUGAGGACGCUGUGGCAGUUCAUGUCGUAAUGGAGCUUUGUGCAGGUGGGGAAUUGUUUGAUAGGAUUAUACAGAGGGGCCACUAUACAGAGAAAAAAGCGGCUGAAUUAGCCAGAACCAUAGUCGGUGUUGUCGAAGCAUGUCAUUCUUUGGGUGUCAUGCAUCGAGAUUUAAAACCAGAGAAUUUUCUUUUCAUCGGUCAAGAAGAAGAGUCUGCACUUAAGACCAUAGAUUUUGGGCUCUCCAUGUUCUUUAGGCCAGGUGAAAUUUUCACGGAUGUGGUUGGUAGCCCUUAUUAUGUUGCCCCAGAAGUAUUGCGGAAGCUUUAUGGGCCAGAAUGUGAUGUAUGGAGCGCUGGAGUUAUCAUAUAUAUUUUACUAAGUGGUGUGCCUCCGUUCUGGGAUGAGACGGAGCAAGGAAUAUUUGAGCAGGUUUUGAAAGGUGACCUUGACUUUGUAUCAGAACCGUGGCCUAGUAUAUCUGGGGAUGCAAAAGAUUUAGUGCGGAGAAUGCUUCUACGAGAUCCCAAAAAAAGACUAACAGCCCACGAAGUUCUUUGCCACCCAUGGGUGAAAGCUAAUGGAGUUGCUCCUGACAAGCCUCUUGAUUCAGCUGUUCUUAGUCGUUUGAAUCAUUUCUCUGCCAUGAACAGGCUCAAGAAAAUAGCAAUUAGAGUUAUUGCAGAGAGCCUUUCUGAAGAGGAAAUUGCUGGCCUCAAAGAGAUGUUUAAGAUGAUAGACACGGACAAUAGUGGCCAAAUAACCCUUGAGGAAUUGAAGCGUGGCUUGGAAAGAGUGGGCGCUAAUCUUAAGGAUUCUGAAAUUAAUGGGUUAAUGCAAGCUGCGGAUGUCGAUAAUAGUGGUACCAUAGAAUAUGGUGAGUUUGUAGCUGCAAUGCUCCAUUUAAACAAGGUUCAGAAAGAGGACCAUCUCUUUGCUGCCUUCUCAUACUUCGACAAAGAUGGAAGUGGAUACAUCACACAGGACGAGCUCCAACAAGCUUGCGAAAAGUUCGGUUUGUCAGACAUCCGCUUAGAAGAUAUUAUGCAUGAAGUUGACCAGGAUAAUGAUGGUCGAAUAGAUUACAGCGAGUUUGUGGCUAUGAUGCAAGACACUGGUUUUGGUCGGAGGUGAGUGUAAAGCUGCGUGACGAUUGGAAUUAGGGAAGGCCUUUAGGCUUAACUAUUAACAUGCCUAAUUCUGGUUCCCGACCAAGAAGACGAUUUUAUUUAUUUUCUGGCCAGUAGGCCCAAUACCAUUUUCUUUUUUAAUAGUUAGAGGUUGAAAUUAAUGCUGUUUGUAAAGAUGACAGGCUUCAGAGGGAGAGUUAGUUUCUUGUUACUGUUAUUGUUUUUCUUGUCCAUAUCGAUUUGUUUUAUAUUGAGCAAUUAAUUUGGAAUAGAUUUCAAGUUUUUUAA